AUGGAGAGGAAAGUACGAGCUUUGGAGGAGAAACUGAAGGCAAUUGAGGGGUCUAGUGUUUUUGGACUAGACACGGCUGAUAUGUGCCUGGUCCCUAGAGUUAAAAUUCCUGCCAAAUUCAAAGUUCCAGACUUUGAAAAAUAUAAAGGGAUCAGUUUCCCAAAAACACAUGUACGAGCAUAUUAUAGAAAGAUGGCAGCGUACUCAGGCGAUGAAAGAUUGUUGAUGCACUUCUUUCAAGAUAGUCUUCGUGGAGCGUCAUUGGAGUGGUACAUGCAGUUACAAAAUCUGACCCAAAAAAGUGGUGAAUCUUUCAAGGAGUUUACCCAAAGAUGGAGAGAGCUAGCAGCCAGAGUACAACCUCCCUUGUUAGAGAAGGAAAUUGUUGAUAUGUUCAUGAGCACUCUGCAAGGCCCUUACCUAUACAGGUUAGUGGCAAGUACCUCUUCAAGUUUUUCAGAUUUGGUAGUAGCGGGUGAAAGAAUCGAGAGUAUGUUGAAGGGUGGGAAAAUAGAAGGAGUAUUCAAUUCUUCAACAACGAUAACAAAGAAGACUUAUAUGGGGUUUACCAAGAAGAAAGAAUGGGAAACUAAUGCCACUUAUUAUGUUAAAGGGAAGGCUCAUGCCUACCACCAGGUAGCUUUUGUUUCUCCAAUUCCUUAUUAA